AUGAGAAAGUUUGUACGAUUCUUUAGCAGGUCGAUUCUAUCUUUGGAAAAGAAGUCAUCCAAAAGUACACCCAAAAAAGUAUACCUAGGAAGACCAAGUAACAACCUUACUCUGGGAAUAGUUGGUCUAGCAAAUGUUGGAAAGUCUACUUUUUUUCAAGCUAUAACUAACUCUACCUUAGGGAACCCUGCAAACUAUCCUUUCGCAACUAUUGAACCUGAAGAAGCUAGAGUAGUAGUCAAGUCUGCCAAACUUGAUCAUCUAGCAAAUUUGUUUCAGUCUGAAAAGAAAAUUCCAGCAUCCCUCUCUAUUGUAGAUAUUGCAGGACUUACUCGAAAUGCAGCUCGUGGGGAAGGAUUAGGUAACAAGUUUUUAUCAGAUAUUCGUCAAGUAGAUGGAAUUUUCCAAGUAGUCAGAGGAUUCAGGGAUGAUGAAAUCAUUCAUAUUGAGAAAAAUAUAGUAGAUCCCGUAAGAGAUUUAGAAAUAGUUUCAGAUGAGCUCAUGCUCAAGGAUAUGGACUUCGUAGAGAGUGCCAUUGAAAGAACAACAAAAUCCUUGAAAAAACCUGGCAUUGAUAAGGUAUACGCUCAAUUGGAAAUUUCAACUUUAGGAAAAGUCUUGGAGGGACUAUAUGAAGGUAAAAAAGUAUCUGUUGGCGAAUGGAAUAAUGAAGAAGUUGAAAUAUUGAAUACACACAAUUUUUUAACUGCGAAACCUACAGUUUUUCUUCUUAACGUCAAUGAGCAAGAUUUCUUAGCUCAGAAAAAUGAAUUCAAAGAGGGAGUCGAAGACUGGGUAAAGAAGCAUAGCCCUGGUGACGAAGUUGUGUUGUUUUCAGGUGCAUAUGAAAAGGAAAUUGCGGGCACUGAACUUGAUUCAAAGAGCGCACUACCAUAUAUUACCCAUUGCAUGAGAUCUGUACUAAGAUUGAUUUCCUUUUUCACUUGUGGUCCAGUGGAAGCACAUCAAUGGACGAUAAGGGAAGGUUCUACAGCUCCAGAAGCUGCAGGAUCGAUCCAUACCGAUCUUCAAAAGACUUUUAUUUCGGCUCAAAUUUACAAGUACAGCGACUUGGAAGUAGAAUCGGCCCCGCUUGAAGAAGCUCGCCUAAAGAGCAAAGGUAGACAACUUAGAGUAGGCAAAACUUACUUAAUGGAAGAUGGAGAUGUGAUGUUAGUUAAAGCCGCCGGAGGUAAAAGUAGGUAA